CAAGCCUGGCAUUCUAUCAAGAGAAAUAUUUUUGUUGUGUGGCGGAAGCAAACAUCUGGUGUCCAUGGUGAGUGUUCGAUAGUCAAGGAUAACAAUGAAUAAAAAAGGAAGAACAGUCGCCCAACAGCAAAGCAGCCGCUAGGGAAGCCCACUUGCCCUGCUGUUUGUUUUUAUUGCGAGCAGGUGACCAGGCAACCGUCUCAAACUGGGAGGUGACGGGUGCACCUUUUAAAAAAGAAGGCGUGAAGGCUUGAUUGCAUAUGAACCAGAGAACAGAUUCUGCGUGUUGUGUGCUUAUUAGCUGACUUGGAUUGUCCGAUACGGUCCAUCUCGUUUUUCAAAUGAAGUCUAGGAUCAGUGCGUGUGAAUGAAUGUUUGAAGACUGCACAAGUGUGUUGUUUAGAUCACAACGAAGCCGGUGAUUAUAGGAAUGUGCGCCUUCGAGUGCCCUUCAACUGCAACCACUUCCUUCUAUGGCGAGAGCCACAAGCGAAGCCCUCUCGUUGAGAGAGUCGAGCGGGCAACGAAACAAUUGCGCGAGGAACCUGCCAAGGUCAACUUCCGCAACAGCCUCCUUGGACCAACUGUUGUCUGGAAGUUACUACCUACGCAAGCUCAAGCGCUGACCAUUGCUCGCACUCUGGACGAUGACGUGCGGGUGUUCUCCUACGAGCUUCAAGAGAGCGAUGUCCCUGGGAAGCGUGCGUAUCUGGUGACCCAUCCACUCCACUUGUGGAACGUGCUGCAAAUGCGUCGCCCUUCGGCCCGCUGCAUGUACGAGGUGAUUGCAGAGGAUGCACCAUGCAAGCUCUACUUUGACCUCGAGUUUGAGCGCAAGCCUAAUCCGGGCAGAGACGGCGUCGCCAUGGUCGAGCACUUUGUCGACUCAGUGUGCCGCGAGUUGGGAGAUCUCUUCGGGGACCGCUGCAGCCGAGACGAUGUCCUCUGGCUGGAUUCCAGCACUGCAAAGAAAUUCAGCUGCCACCUCAUUUUUCAGAGAACACCCAUGUUUCGAGACAACCGCGAAGCCGGUGCCUUUGUUCACCUUGUGUGUGAGAAAAUGAGGAAAGGUUCUGUGGCACCAAAGUCUGCCUUGGCUGCUUCCCGGGCUCGCCGGGCAAACCCUCUCGUGCUUAACAAAAACGGCAAGGAAGUGCUUUUCUGUGACGAGGCUGUGUACACGCGCAACCGCAACUUCCGUCUAUUUCAGUGCACAAAGCUCAAGAAAGACACACCUUUGGUGCUGUCUCAGAACGACUGCUACGUCCGUUCCUUAAGGAAGCAGCCGGAAGACAAGGACAUCUUCCUCGAUAGUCUUGUCACAUGGCCACCUCAGCAGACCAGUGCACAUCUGCUGACACUUUCUGUGGACUGUGCUGUAGCAAAAUUGCCUGCAUCUGUGACAAAGAAGCAAGGCAGCUUUACGUCGCUUAGCUCGCCGUAUCCAGACGUUGAUGAGUUCAUUCGAGGCGUCAUUGCCCCGCGUGGGACAAUCCGACAGGUGUCGCACUUUGCCGACACUGACACGCUGGUGUACGAUGUGCAAGGCUACCGGUAUUGCGAGAAUAUCGGGCGCGAACACCGCAGCAAUGGUAUCAUGUAUGUGGUUGAUGUGAACGUUGGCAGCUUCUACCAAAAGUGCUACGAUCCUGACUGCCGAGCGAUAUCAUUUCGUUCGGUCCCUCGUCCCGUUCCACCUGAGUGCCUUCCGUCCUUCUGGCUCAGCCAGAUCCCUGAUGAAAUGCUCAGUGCCUGAGUGGUUUUUGCUUUGAAUAAAUUUCUCCGGUGAAAAGCUGUUAUAA